UCUGGAGAGGGGUGUGUCAAGGAGACGCAGUGCUCUACUCAGCUGUCAAAACAUUCUCCAGACACUGGAGGAAGACUCAUGAGGAAUAAACUUGACAUUGUAGUAUUUCAUCUAAUUAAAAGAUCCAUUGAACCCAAAUCAAUAAUGAGUCUCACCGCGAGCAUGACGCGGUGAUGGAUCACCACUUGACAGUGUUGGGCUGAUCCAUUGUCUCACUCCAUGACUCCAUGCACUUCAUCAUCAUGUGGCCACAGCUCUAAGUUCACACCCUGUGACCUGCUUCAAGAACUACCCGACCACCACCACCACCACCACCCCACACUCCCAUUUCGCACUCUGUCUUACCUGCAGCCCAGAUGGCCAACCGGGGCCCCGAUUCCCACCUGGAGUGCCAGAUAUGCUUCCAUCCCUACAGCAGGCAGCGCCGGCCCAAACUGCUGGGCUGCGGCCACACCUGUUGCUCUGUCUGCCUACGGCGCAUGUGUGGGAGCCAGUGCACCCUGGCCUGCCCGUGGUGCCGGGCCCUCACCAGCUUCCCCGAGGGCCUCUUGGUCUCACAGCUCCCAGACGAUCCCCAGGCCCUCGGCUUCCUAGCCCCACGCAUGCCCGUUUUCAUGUGCUUGCCUGACGAUGGCUGCUACCUGCUGCCCAUGGCAGUGGAGGAUGAACCUCCUCCUCCUCCUCCUCCUCCUUCUUCUCCGUUGCCAGGGGAACUUGCCACUUGCCUCAUGAGCCCCGGGCAGAAGAGGGUUUCUGUGGUGACAGUGGCGGAGGGGACGAUGAUGGAUUUGGAGGUGGGUGGGGGGAGGGUACGGGAUCAGACAGAUCAGCAGGCACUGAAGCAGUCGUGUUGGACGAAGGUUUGCACGGCCAUCCUGGUUUUUGUCAUACUACUGUUGCUCUUGGGGAUCAUUUUGCAAAAUAUCACUUGUGUCUCCAGGCCCUUCACUAUAAUAUCAUGUGGAUGAAUGUGUAAAUUAAGGUAAUGUAUUGAUAUUCCACUGAUAUACUGUACUACUGUAGAAAUGCUGUCAAAUAAAUGAUGGGAAACAAAUCACAGGGCAUUUAGGUGACAAUGGAACUUUCUUAUUUACAGUACUGUAGUUAGUUACUAUACAUUCCUGAUUCAUGUUCAUGCAAUGAGAGAUUGAACUCACUGGGUGGUAUGAACAAUGAUGUAUGCAUAUGUCUUUGUCUUAAAAAUCUACCUGAGAAUUUACUUGAAACUGUCUAACCCUUUAAGCAAAGAAGCUGUCAUAUAGAGUUUUUUCUGUUCUCUAAUCGAAAAACACCUGAUCAUUCUGUGUGUAUUUUUGUAACCCUUUAUUUAAAAAUAUGCAGUUGUUUGUUGAAUAUACCAAUGAGUAAAACGUGAAAAAGAAUACAUGUGUAAAUGCUCAUAAAACUGUGAAAGUGAAAUUGUCACUGAAAUGUUUUUGUCUGUUUUGAGUUUAAGAUACGCUAUCCAUUUUGGGGGAAUACAGUAGAAUCUGGCACAAUGAUUUUUAUACAGAGAUGUAUUUAAUUCCAGGGGAUGGUAUGAUGAUUUAUAAAAAACAUUGCAUUUAGUUGUUUUGGACUUGAUUAUUUACCCCAGCCAUCAACACAAUUUAUGAACCAAUCUUAAUAUUUGACACAUUUUUGUGAGUUUAAAGUUUGUGAGUAUAUGAUAAAAAAACAACAAGUGGUCUAUUUUCAGUCUCAUCACUGAACAAGCAGCAGCCCAUAAAUGGAUUACCUGGGCAUCUUGAUAAUAUGAAAUAUAGGCCUAACUUGGG